CAGCAGAACCCCUCAGGAGCUCCCUGUAGUCAUGGGGCCUUCUCAGCUUGUUCGAGCCCCUCGGCCUCCGGGCUUGACUUCUCCCUACCGAAGGCCAGGGAUGGGUGGGCCCAGGCGCCGGUGUCCCAGUAUGUUCAAGUGUAGCCGCAGGACAUACCGGCAGAAACCCCGAGGCCCAACUGCCACCAAUCCUGCCUCUGUGGCCACAAACAUCAGUGACACGGACACUACCACCAGUGUGUUGUUUCUGUCACCUCGAGUUCUCAGAUUCCUCUGUCAACCUGGGGGCUUUCUGGUCCUCUAGAAAUACCCAGAAGCUCGGCCUGCACUUGACCUGCUGCUCCAGAGGCUGUUGAUGGUAGACAGCAAAUACAACCAUUCUGCUUAAGCUGUC